AAGGGACUGAAAUGUCCUUCAUAUAAGCCGGUGACAAAGUGGCGAGCAUUGGCCCCCGGGAAGCAGAGAUCACAGCCAGCAAACAGAGAGAGAGAGAGAGAGAGGGAGAGAGAGGACAGAGAGAAACAGAGAGAGACAGACAGACAUACGAGAGAGGAGAAGACCAGAGCAACGAGCACAGACGCUGGAUUCACAGCAACACACCGGAGAGACACGGAGGAAACACUCUCCAGCAGAGGAGCAGAAAACCAGAAGAAAGUAUCCUAAUCCAGACGGAGCAUUCUGCAUCACACCGACAGACCUGUUUUUUUGGCUGUAGAGAUGGGUGUCACCUCUCGCCAUCUGCUAUUUGUUUGCGCAUAUUUGGCGGCUACACUGAUUGGUGGAACCUGCUCCGAGGGGGUGUGUCUUCAAGACGGCAAGCACAAGGCCACGCCCGGCCCGGAGCCACAGCUGAGGGAGUGUGGGCUGUACGCUGACAAUAGCUGCUGCACAGAAGAAGAUAUCCAGGAUAUCUCCCAUGUUCCCUCUGCGAGCAAUAAGAAUGAUCCCUGGGACAAGUGUGGGCCUCUGAGUUCAGAGUGUGAAGGCUUCCUGAAGCGCGUGUCGUGUUUUUACCGCUGCUCCCCUGAUGCCGCGCGUUGGCCUCACCCCCACCGCCGCUCAUACAUCCAGGCCGUGCCACUCUGCCACAGCUUCUGCCGUGACUGGUUUGAUGCCUGCAGGAUGGACAUGACGUGUGCUCGUAACUGGGCCAGAGACCCCCGGGGGCAAAACUGCACUGGGACCUGCGUUCAGUAUCAGCAGAUGUACCAGCACGGCAGGGAUCUCUGCGAAAGCCUGUGGGGCGACGCCUUCAUGACCGUGGAGGAUGAGCCAGAGGAUGUGGGAGAGGCUGGAGAGGUUGGAGCUGGGGGAGGUGGAGGCAGCAGCAGCGGUCGCCCCUGCGGCUGCCUGACCCUCAGUCCCUCGGACAAAGACGUGAUGGCCGCCCUCAGGGCACAGCAGGAUGACCCGGAGGAGCUGGACACCACCAAGACGGGCCUGCCUCAGUACCGAGCCCCGUGCAAGACAAAGCUGCCCCUGCAGGCCAGGGGCGGCCGGAAGGGGAACUCUGUGCUGCGUAAACGCUCCGUCAUUGUGGACGACGUGGAGGGCAGCGGGAGUGGCUUGUAGAGACGAGUGACAGAUAAUAUAUUUAGAGGUUAUUGUCUAGAUCCUAUUCUAGUCUGUUGAAACGGAGUUGUAACCAUGCUCCUCUAACUAACCUUACCACACAGACCUAAACUGUCAUUAUCAUCACGCUCUACAUAUAAUCUCUGUGGUUUUAAGUGAUACUAGAUAGACCGAGAAGCUUGUAACACUUUCAAUAAACACCUGGGUCAGUUAUUUGAACGUAAAUGUAAACAGCCAGGAUUU